AUGUGCGUACGUGCACGCCUUAUUUGCACAUUUGUCAUAUAAAAAUACGCGGAUCUCUCGGAUUGCCAGGUGUGUAUCAGUGACGGAACAGCGUCUUCGCAUAAUUAAUUUAUCGUUUCAAUCGCGUGGAUCAGCCGUCAGGUCGGUAUACGCAGUGGCUGCUGCAUCGAUGGCACAAUCGGUGGCCUUUAAUCGCUAUGCGCUUUCCAUCACGCAUCACGAGAAAAUUUAUGCCAAGCGGAAAGUCGCAAGAGAUUUUUGCAGGAUGUUACAACCUACGUGAUAGUGCAUAACGCGACGUGUGCGCGCGAUGCGUUGCUUUGUCAAUAAAUAAUCAAAACGCAGGACGUUAGUUCUUCAAUAAAUAAUCAACGCAUCGUUAAUGGAAUACGCACAUCUUAUUCAUUUCGCAAAUUUUCGUCGUAAGACUGUUGAUUAGAAUUCCAUGGAAUUAAUAAUCUUGUACUGUCAUUAUGGAGUAAAACUGAUAUACUCCUCUGAGAAAUGGAAAAGAAUCGAUGUUGCAAACUUUCAACCGAAUUAUAAUCCAGCGUACAACAGGAUACGUGAUAAAAUCGCCGGCGGGAAAAAUAUUACAACGCUUUGAAAUGUCUUCGUUCCAAACAAAACUGGUGCUGGUUAUUCAUAAUGAAGCGAAUGGGGGAACAAACAGAUUAUACAACGACGCGGUAUACAUCAUGUCAACCUUAUAUAAGGAUCACAGUCCGAUUCUGCAACAAUACUACUAUCAGUAUCCAAUAAUUAUGACUAGCAGACACGAUGAUGCGGUAAAACAUCGACCGGCGUUGCGUUGCACGCGUAGCGCGAUUGUCUGUCAUGUUCUCGGCGCACGGUGUUUUACGACGCAAAUUAAAUUAGAACAAAUUUUUCUUUAUCAUCGAUUAAAUCGCAAGGAAAUCGUCGAUUUUUAACACCGAAGUGUUUUAAAGCAUUAAAGAAACAAAUCGUAUCCCAUACAUUCAUCGACGAAAAAUAUCACGUUACUAUUCAUAACGCGAACACUGUAUAUUUACAUGACACGUCGCCACGUCCUUUCGGAUACGUGAUAUCGGGAAGAUCGGAAAAUACACUCGCGUGCUUUAUCUGCAUCUGAUUGUGAGACCGAGAAAAAACGAGCGUUUCGUUUCAUUAACGAAACCUCGCGGCGAUUUUACGCCGAAAGUCGCAUGAAAAACUUCCGGCAUCACGAGAGAACGUGUCCUCGCGAGUUCGCGGAAGGCCCGGUUGAAGUUCUCGAAAAAUCGUUUCGUGAGUUUUGCGCCGAUUCGUGAGUCAAAAUACGACAGCGCGAACUCAUAACUCACUUUAGGAAAGGCGCCAGAGCUUAUCACUAAAAUCUCACCGUGAUCCUGCGGGCUCGCGUUCAGAAAGAAAUAUUUUGACGUGAAUACGAUAUGUAUCUUCCUCGACAACAGCUUCGGCACUACGUCAAUAAGCGUGCGUAUGUUCGCGCGAAAUAUUUUUACACUGUUUUUCAUUCCACGCUACUUUUAUCGUCAAAUAUCGAGUAAGACGAAGAAGUUUUUAUCAGUGAUUCAAUCGUGGCGUAACAUCCGCGCCCGAAACCUCUGUCUUUUGUUUGCUUGCAUAUGUACGAAUAUGUAUGAAUAUGUCGAAAUCCGCCUCAAGGUUGAAACUGUCGUUGCGCGUGGAAUUGCGCACGCACGGCAUCGAGCGCGAGAAAGAAAAAGACUUCACCGAUAAUUAAUUCACGUGUCUCUGACGCAAUUAAUCUGCAAUAUCAAAAAUAUUCGUAUCCGAAGAAAUUAAACACGACAAUUCGAACUUCGA